AGAUACGAAGGAUGUGUUUAUUCAGCAUGUGUAACCAUUGCUAAUCAUGAUGCAUAGCUACACUUGCAAGUUGAUCAUCAACUUGCAAGCCAGGUUUUAUAAAAACUAGGCCGAGAACCAUCUGCUCAAUAGUCAAUACUCGGCACGCGUGAAUCUGAGCAUUGCACGCACCGCAUAGCUGAUGAAAGAAUUUUACGAGGGAACAGCGGAAAUUUACCCGUAGUUCUUAAUACUUGAGGUAUCAAUUAUAUUGGAUACCAAUGACUAAAACACGCGGUGACAUGGAAACAUUGAAGAAACGCGGAACACCGUAUGGAAGCAUGACGGUCAACAUGGAUGCUAAUGACGAUGAGCGAGAAAAAAUUCUCCCUCGUCGGGGAAAAAUUCCGUACCCGAAAUCCGUCUUCUUCAUUUUCGGAAACGAAUUCUGCGAGAGGUUUUCUUUCUAUGGCAUGAAAACAAUUUUGACCAUCUACCUUCAUCAAGAACUGAAAUACUCUGAAUCUUCCGCUACUGUCAUGUACCAUGUCUUCAACUUGUUCUGCUAUUUCACUCCGCUCUUCGGAGCUAUUUUGGCUGAUUCAUACUGGGGGAAAUUCAAAACUAUCACCUACAUUUCGAUCCUUUACGCCAUUGGAAACAUAAUCAUGGCCUUCGGAGCGGUGCCAAUCGAUGGGUUACCCCAAAUAGCAAUUACAAUCAUCGGAUUAGCAGUCAUCGCAGCCGGCACGGGUGGAAUCAAACCAUGCGUUUCGGCCUUCGGUGGUGAUCAGUUCGUUUUGCCGGACCAAGAACGAGAACUUCAGCAGUUCUUCUCAGUAUUUUAUUUCUCAAUCAACGCGGGCUCGCUCAUCUCGACGACGCUGACACCGAUCCUUCGAGAGGAUGUUCACUGUUUUGGCGAGCAAUCCUGCUAUUCUUUGGCUUUCGGCGUUCCUGCUGUCCUCAUGGUUGUUGCUCUGGUUCUCUUCGUUCUCGGCAAAAGCAUGUAUACGAUACGCGAACCGGAAGGCAACAUGGUCGUCGAAGUCUCGAAGUGUAUUGGACACGCCGUGAGCAGAAAAAUUAAAAGCUCCGAGCCGAAGAAAGAACAUUGGCUGGAUUACGCGGAUGACCGAUUCAGCAAGGACCUCAUCAGCGACAUCAAAGCCGUCAUGAAGGUCUUGACCCUGUACAUACCGCUGCCAAUCUUCUGGACGCUUUUUGAUCAGCAGGGUUCAAGAUGGACUCUUCAAGCCACGCGAAUGGAUGGCAGGCUUUCGGACAGCUUCACUCUGAAGCCGGAUCAAAUGCAAGUCGUCAAUCCGUUGCUCAUUCUUGGACUCAUUCCGCUGUUCGAAAGCGUGCUGUAUCCGCUUUUCCAUAAAAUCGGAGUGCUGAAGCGACCUCUGCAAAAAAUGGUGGUUGGCAUGAUCCUUGCUGGUGCCGCGUUUGCUGUUUCCGGCUUUGUAGAGCUAGAACUUCGGAAAGGAUAUCCGGUUUCUAUCGACUCCGGUGAAUCUCGUUUGGUGUUCAUGAACACGCUGGAUUGUGAUGUUGGCAUUGAAGCGAUGAAGUCUUCCGACUUGAAACUCGCUCUCAUGGCGAAUGAUGUGCAAAACUUCAACUUGAAAGGAGAAUUUCCUUACUCAUUGGACUUGAAAGUCAAAGGUGACAAAUGUUCCGCUCCCGUAGAUUUUACGAAGUCCGUCAUCGUCAAAGAACCGAAAGAGGCCUUUUCCGUGAUUGUUACUGAUACGACGCUUCUGCUGAGUGAACCGCAAAGCUACGAGAAACCCUCAAGCGGCCUUCCAUUCGUGAGGGUUGUGUACAGUGUUGAACAGACUCUCGUCGACGAAAAUAAUGCAACUGUUAUACUGAAAGGUCCGAAAAAAUACGAACAUUUGCUGAAUACUACAGAAGCUACGACUGCCUACGAAGAAGAAACAGAGCCGGGAAAGCAAGUAUUCAGCGCAGAUGUUUUUAAUGGAGGAACGGUUCAGAAUAGAGAACAUUAUUUGUCAACUUCAAAAUACCAAGUAUAUGUGGAUAUUAAUGGAAAUCUAACAGGGCCGUUUUCGAAGAAGAUGGAAUUCUUGCUUGGUGGCGUUUAUGAAGUUUCCUUAUUCCAGAAAAACGAGACGCACUUUGAAGCAGACGGAUUCGUCGUUACGGAGCCGAACAAUGUGCAUAUGUUGUGGUUAAUUCCACAAUACCUGAUAAUCACCACAGCAGAAAUUCUUUUCUCACCAACAGGCUAUGAGUUCUCUUUCACACAGUCUCCGACGUCGAUGAAAGCCGUCAUUCAAUCGGGUUGGCUGAUGUCAAUCGCCGUUGGAAACCUGAUCGUCGUUAUCGUGGCUGAGGCUAAAUUUUUUCCAGAACAGUACAUGGAAUUCUUCUUCUUCGCCGGCUUGAUCGGUGUUUUCGCGGGCUUGUUUUCUGUCAUGGCGUACUUUUACAAGUAUCAAGAUUUCUCGUCACCGGACGAUGUUGUUGACCCAAAAAAGAGGAACUCGAUCAGCAGCGUCAAUAGCAAGAGUCAAGGUGUGGAGAAUCAAGCCUUCGACCAAAGUGAUUCCAAAUUCUAGAGUUCCAUUGAUCGUGAAUGCGAGUUCUUCGAAAUUAUUCUUGGGAAUUCAUACCACCGGCUAUUUUUUAUACAAUUUCAAAAGAAAGUGGAAAAAUUUUGCUGUAGUGGGAAAACUAGUAGUUUCAAGGACAAAUUGUUUAAUGGAACUGAUGCAAUUUCGAUUGCAGAGUUUUCGAUACUAUUCAAGAUGAUCUAAGCUUUUUCUUCCAUUGUUUUUUUUUCUGAAGCAAUUUGAAUGUUACCAUCUGAUUGUCAAGCGUCGAUCAUUUUUACUUGCAAUUAACGCGGUGUGAUGUGGAGUCCAGGAUGAAGUGACUGAGUGUCUUUCCAUGUCAUUCCAAGUGAAGUAGUCUGUCAAUGUUCCGGGUAUGGACUAUUUAAAAAAUAAUGUUGUGAUAAAGAGAUAUUUUGCAA